UGGAACCACAACUUUUAUCCACCUUCGAUUCUAGUAGUAAUAUGUGCCCUGCAAUGUUGGUGAGCUUGGAAGGUUGGCCGAGAAUGGCCAACACAUUUGUGGUUUAGAGCGAUGAGGGUGGGUGGAACCACAGCUUUUUUCUUGGUGGUCUUGUUGAAGGUUUAGGUUUUGGUGGGGGGAGAUAUUUUGAAGGAGUGUAUCCUUGGUAGCAGUGUCAGAGAAGAAAAGAGUAGGUGAUAAGUAUGAGAGGGAGAGCGAGGCACUGAAAGGAAAGAGCAGUGUUAAAGAUCUGUGACUGAGAAUAAGAGAUAAGAUGGUAUUAACUUUCAAAUUGGGGUGUUUCAAUUGAGCCCCACUUGAUGGGCAUGCGGAGUUAGUUUGGUUUGGUUCAGAGUUCCGAUUGAGGGAUAGGGAGAAUAGGCAUGAUUAUAUGUUUUUCUUAAUCUUCUAGUUGAGUUACUUAAAAUGGUUGUAAUAUUAGAUUCUGCAUUUUGAGAAUAGGUGAUAUAAUGAAGUUGAGAGUCAUCGACUUAUUUUGGUCAAAAGUGUGCAACAAACUUAUCACAAGCAAAUGUACACGCAAGAGCUGUGAGAACAUGGAGCAUAUUAUGCACGACAACAUUAGGAAAGUUUGGUGAUCACUUAUGACUGUUGGAAUUUCAUAGUAAAGUGAAUUUUGCAUUCUUCUAAGUAUUUUUCCUGUUGUCUUAAUGGGCUACCUCAUUGGGUGAUCAAUUUCAUAAAUGCUCCACAAUCUAGGUGGGAAAUCAGCAAGCACCCAUGGUCCUUCUUAGGGUGCCUUUUUGGUUUUGCCUCUUCUAAUCUAAGUGAACUUGGAUUGUGCUUGGAUGGGAAAAAGUUGUUGGUGCAAGGUGGCUAGAUGGUUUUUAUGUACGGAAAUCCUUCAACUGAUUACGAGGUGAUAAGCACGAUUAUCUGAACAUUGAACUGCAUCUUGGAAUAACUCACUUCUUAGAAUGGAUGACAAUGGGGGACAGCGUGACCAUGGGAGUCAUAGGGUGGAUUACUACAGAGGGGUGCACCCUCAGUGGAAUACGAUGCCCCAGUAUCAAAUGAAGGACGCAAAUGCUGUCUUUAUGAAUAAGAAGAUCAUGAUGCACAUAAUUGCUGAGAGAGAUGCUGCUAUUGAAGAAGUAAAAAAGGCCGUGACCGAAAAGGAUGCAGCCCUACUGGAGCUAAAUGAGGCAAUCAAACAACGAGACGAAGCAGUGGCGGCUCGAGAUACUGCAUUCAGAGAACGCGACAGUGCGAUCGCGGCCCUUCGAUUUCACGAGAACUCUGUGAAUGGUAUAUUAGGAUAUGGAAUACAACGCGAAACAAAGCGCUCCCACCACCAAACAAACCAUCCUUCCUUUGCUUCUGAAACUCCUUUCAACAGAAGGGAAGCCCAAACAAACUACUCCUUCCCAAUAUCCGAAGAAGGUGUUAAACCUCGCCCUGCAAAACGAGGAAAGGGUAAUAAAGCCGCUUCAAAUAAGGUAUCAACAACGUCGCCGAAAAAGGGAAAGAAAGUGGGUGAGGAUUUGAAUAGACAGGUCACUACUGAUGGUUCAAAAGCAGAAUGGGACGCUCAGGAUCAUGACUUGAUUAACCAGAUUGAUUUUGAUGAUUAUUCUAUGCCGCCACCGGUUUGCUCUUGCACCGGAUUGCUACGGCAGUGCUACAAGUGGGGUAAUGGUGGUUGGCAGUCGGCUUGUUGCACCACCACCUUGUCUCAAUAUCCGUUACCUCAGAUGCCAAACAAGCGGCAUGCGCGAAUGGGUGGCAGGAAGAUGAGCGGAACUGUUUUUGCCAGAUUGCUUACAAGGCUGGCGGGCGAGGGACAUGAUUUGUCCGUUCCACUGGAUUUAAGGAAUUAUUGGGCCAAACAUGGUACGAAUCGGUACAUUACCAUCAAGUAACUCGGAAUUAUUGGGCCAAACAUGGUACAAAUCAGUACAUUACCAUCAAGUAACUCGGCAAUAUUCGUUUUGGGGGGGGUGGUGGUAUAAAACUUGUGUUUUUUUUUUUUUUUUUUGGGCGGCUUUCUGAGCCGAUUUGGCUUCUGGGAUUUGUGUUGAAUGUUGAAAUAUAUUCAAAUUUCUCUGGUUGGCUGGA